AUGUCCCUCCCCAACGGCCAACACGCAUGGCAACCGCCCUCCCUUCAUCACUCAACCUCUAGCCGCCUGUUCCAUCAACUUGAUGAUGGUCCUGCGCGAACUGGAACCCCCGUCGACACUUCCAUGUCAUUGAUGCCUGAGGCACAACCUGAUAUUGAAGACGAGCGACGGCGCGCCUUGUUCAAGGAACUUUAUCACAAGAGCGAGGCGAAGAUCUCGUUGCUGUUUGCUGAUGAUGGCUCCUAUAAUUACCCAGCCAUCGAUGCGCUUCGGCGCCCCUCCGCCCCCUCCCCCUCCAUUCUACCCCCUACCACCGAUCAUGCGCCGAUCCAGGAGCCUCCAUUAAAGAAGGCCAAGCGGGUCAUCGACGAGGACGAUUAUGGCGAUGACGACGACGAAGACGAGGAAGACGCUACCUCUUCCGACGCGAAUAAGUCCAAGAACGGCAUCGCGGCUGCCGGUGCUGGCUCGCUCCUCUCCCCCUCCAAGUCCGGCAGUUCGCCCGUGCACUCCGUCAGCUCCCCCGGUAAGCUGCUCGAUAAACUCAAGCAAGCCGAUGGAUCGCAGGACCAAGCAAAGACGAGCGAAGAUGCGCGCAAACAGCUGGAAGAGGCGCGCAAUGCGACCGAAGAGGCGGCGAGACGCAGCUUCCAUACCAUAUUCUACACACUAGAGAACGACCGGACUGCCAUGUUGGAGCAGCAGCAGUUGGAAGAGUCCGAAAAGCAGCUACAGGCGGAAAUGGAAAAUAACAAUAGUCACAAUAACGCUAACGGCGGCCAAGCCGAAAACCACGGCUCUCUCAGCAGCGCCAACCUUGGCGCGUCGAGUCUGACCCUCAAGCACCUGAUUGCGAGGAUAGAUUUGAAACGCGACCAAGUUCGCGCCUCGGAUGCGGAAUUGCGAUCUUUGAUGAACGAAGUGCGCAAGAACCGCAGCAAAUGGGCCAGCGAGGAGAACGUCAACCAGGAGGAGUUGUACGAGGCCGUCGAGAAAGUCCUGACUGAAUUGAAGGCACAUACAGAGUACUCGACGCCCUUCUUGCAAAGGGUGAACAAGCGAGAUGCACCUGACUACUACACACUUAUCAAACAGCCCAUGGAUUUGGGGACCAUGACCAAGAAGCUCAAGUCUUUGACCUACAAGUCCAAGGCUGAGUUCGUUACCGACCUUAACCUAAUCUGGGAUAACUGCCUUCGAUAUAACCAAGAUAUGGGCCACCCCCUCCGGCGUAUGGCUAACGGUAUGAGGAGGGAAGCAGAGAAGCUCAUUCCCCUCAUCCCAGACCUUGUCAUCCGACCAAGGGCGGAGGUUGAGGCUGAGGAGCGGCGUAAACAGAACGGCGGCGAGGAAGAUGGUGGUGACGACUCUGAUGACGAGCCGAUCAUGUCCUCCCGUGGCCGCACUGCAGGCACCAAGGGCACCAAAUCCAGGAAACAGCCAACAGACCAAAAAGAGGGCACCCCGAGCGUUGACCAAAAGCCACUCCUGCAACUGAAUGGCCUGCUUGCUAAGGGCAGGGAGGGUUCUGAGGCUGUCGACGGUAGCAAUGGCUUUGGCACACCCAUCGCGGGAUCUGCUACCCCUGGCGGCAUCAAUGGACAUUCAGGAAUCGGGAGCAAUGCUGACGCCAUGGACAUUGAUGGACCAUCGCUGAACGGUAUGGCCUUGGGACAGGCUCUCAAUGAAGCAGCAGAGCAGGCUUAUGAAGACGACGAGUACAAGAUUUGGAAGCAAGUGACCAAGAAAGACCGCGCACUGAUCGCAAAGGAGCGUUAUCAGCUGUUCAAAGAUAACAAACUCAACGUCGACGCCCCAGCUCUUCUCCGCAACAAGGCGGGAAUCCGAUGGUACUUGAGGAACCAAAAGGAAGCUGAGUCUCUUGGUGUUAUCUCUCACUCUGCUGACUCCUCGGCCAUCGCCGCAAAGGAAGCAGCGAAGCCUGCCGAGACCCUUGCGGAGGGCAUGGAGGGAGAGGAGGAGAAGGUUGUUCCCGCGUAUUACGAGCCUCUGACAGUCAUUCCCGAUAUUCAACCCAAGCUUCAGUGGAUUGAGGACGGCGAGGGUCACGUUAUCAACCAGCAUGAGGAGUACCUUCGACUAAUCCCCGAGGGUCACUUUGUGGCACCGAAAAGCAAGUUGACCAGCAAGAUUGAUGCCAACAUCCGCCAAAUUCAGGAGACGAGGAAACUCUCGAGCAAGAUCGGCGUAAUCAAGCAGAUGCAGAUCCAGACUCAGGUUUACAACAACCAGUUUCCCAAGUCUAAUUACGAGUCUUUCGUGGAGCAGGAUGCCGAACCCUCUUUCAUUGCUGAUGAUGGCCCUGUUAUCGCGCCAGAGACUUGCCAUAACGCGUUGCAGCGUUCCGUGGCCAAGAUCCUCUACCAUACUGGUUUUGAAGAGCUUCAGCCGUCCGCUAUUGACACGCUGACCAGCAUUGCAUCUGACUACUUUGAGAAGCUCAUCCGAACUUUCAACGUGUAUCGGGAAGCCGAGAAGAAGGAGGCUGUCACUGCCCGUGCCGAAAAUGGCGUUCGGUUCCAGUCUCGGUUUACCCCCGAGGAGGUAAUCCUGCAUACUCUGGAUGAGAACGGCUGUGACCUACUGAACCUCGAAACAUACGCUAAGGACGAGGUCGACAGGCUCAGCAGCAAGCUGGGCGGUAUCCACGAACGCAUGAAGUUACAUCUUACUGAGCUACUACGUCCCGCCCUCACCCAAGAAGCCGGGCAAGACGGUGUGGGAGCAUUUAAGGACGGUAGCGACCAGUUCGUAAGCGGUGAUUUCGCAGAGGACCUUGGUGAGGACUUCUUCGGUUUCAAGGCUCUCGGUCUGGACAAGGAGAUGGGUCUCGACAUGCUUUCGGUCCCUCUUCAUUUGCUCCAGUCUCGCGUGCGUAACCAGUACCAGAUGCAGACACAGACAGCGGGUACCGAGGUCACUGAUCUCUUCGACUCCCUCCCGCCUGUCGAUCCCAUCACGACCGAGAACAUUCAUAACCAGAUUGGUCUGGUCAAGAACUUCUUCCUCGCUAAGCUUCAUGCCAACAGCGAUGCAGCCUUGAUUGAAGACGAAGAUCUACCCGUGAAGCAGAGGAGACCUCGCCCGCGUCUUGGCGCGUCCGGAAAGAUUGUCUCUCCACAGAAACGUCCGCCCAAGGAGCAGAUCGCACUCGCCAAGAAGAAGAAGAAGAUGGAGAUGGCGGCUCAGGCCCAAGAAAAGCAAAGCGUCAACGCUUCCCCCGAGAAGGGCGGCAACACGACGCCUGCAAAGAAGGCCAAGAAUAUCAACAUCAACGGCGCGGGCCCCAACCCCCCAUCCAUAUCUCUCCCUCCCAGCAUGGAACGCAACGAGAGCGUUCAGAGCCAGGGCAAUGCAAGCCAGACCGACAAGGAUGAGGGCAUGGGUAUGAUGAGCCCAGAAAGCAUUGAAAGGUGA